CUCCUGAAAAGCGUCAUCAUCACCUAUAACAACCUGCCUUUCGUUUCCAAUUAUAUCGUAUCUGAAACCAAAUAAUAAUGGUACAAUACGUCAUAACGCCCUGGCGCAACGCGCGCGAGCUUCUUUCCGUCCGCGAAAAUCUCUACCCCGACCUCACGAAUCCAAACAGGAAAGUCGGAGACGCCGAGCGAAAACAUGCUGUGGCAAGGGUGUCGGUGUGGAUGCAGAGGGGUAAUUGUCCGCACUUGGUGGAGAGUACGGCGAUCUUGACAGCGGCGGUAUUGAAUGAUGUUAGGGGAAAUGCGGCUUAUUGUGUGAGAGCUGCGUAUGCGGCAGCGUUUUGUAGAUUCGUGACUGGGCUCCUCGACAGCCACCAAACCAAAAACCGAAAACUCAGCAUGUACUCUAUAGCAAAGACCAUCGGACUCCCGGCAACAUACGUCGAACUGCGUCACCAAGCAACACACGAAGAACUUCCAUCACUCUCCAAACUUCGCACUGCGACGCAGAAAGCGCUGCAUUGGAUCUGGGACUACUAUUGGGUCAAACUACCACCUGCUCCGCCUACCAAGCAGGAAGAGUGUGAUGUUUUUGCGAGAAAGUUAUUUGAGAGUAGAGGGACUGCAGGAUAUGACGAGCUGGAAGAGGAUGCUCGGAGGUGGGAUGAACAUAAUUUGGUAGAGGCUCUGUGGAAAGUUGAUGAAGCGGGUCUGAACAGAGAAACCACUGCCACCAGGAAUGUAGAGCUGGUUGGUAGUAUUGAGGAUGUCAGGGCCGAAAUGGAGGACAUGGAAAGUGCUCUCGACGACCAGGAUGAUGUGGUGACUGCGGAUAGCAAUUGGAAAGACAGUACUCCUGAGAGUAAAGGAUGGGCUGUGUGGGAGGGCACUUGGGUCCCGAAGCCUAUUGGGGUAGUCUGAGAUGCGCAAUGACGAUAGAGGACCUAGAAAACAGAAGUUCUGGAUGAACACGACACAUGAGUCUUCAAGCUUGUUAUGCCAUCUUCGCCAACGACAGUAGCAUAUCAGACUCAUGUCUUUUACAAAGAGAUUCUGGACUUUGAUCUUCUUCAAGUGUUUUCCUUAGACAGCUCGUGGGCGUAGUCUAACACCAAGUCGCAUGUCGGAUCCGCUGAGCACUUGACUCUAUUCAUUUCGCUCUGAGGAGAUAAUAGAUUCAAGUAACGUCUGACGAGCAAAAUUGCAAAAGCUGAUGGAUCAUGUCAAGAAGUCGACUUUCCAGUUUGGACUUUCCAAGUACUCCUCAUCCGUCAUUCUAUCCAAUCUUCUUUGAAAUGCAAAUUCUAACAGAUGAAUAUGAGCAAUUUCGAGACAUCCGUGCGCAACAUAGCUCUUACAUUACAUUUUUACCCCACAAGAAUCAAUGGUAG